UUGUUUGUUGGCCACCAAGAUAAGAUGAACUGGAUGCUGCUCUUGACGCUGCUCAACCUCGUCAUGACGGGGCUCUACUUCUACAAGAGCGUCGUGCUCCUCGAGCUCACGCAGGAGCUCAACACGUUCGAUAAGCUCCACACCGAGUUUGGCCGGCAAGACAUGCUCGCGGCCUGGGAGAAGAUUGAAGACUUCCACGAUGGCCACGAGCACCCUGCCUGCGUGCUGCAAGAGUAUGCAGUGGGCAACAUGGCGCAUGUCAAGGCCGUCGACACGGCCCGCGCCCGGCUCGUCCACUGGUACCAAAAGGUCGCGUACUUUCACCGCCACGGCCUUCUGGAAGACCGCCUUUUCGCCGAGUUCCCCGGCGCCUUCCGCACGCAGCAGUUUAUCGACCGCGUCGAACCGCUCACGCUCCUCGUCUGCGCCCAGCGUGGUGCGCCGGAUUGCCACCUACUCUUUGACUCGCUCCGAGCCAUGUAUGCGCUGCCGGCGCGCACACAGGAGCGCUCGGGCAAGAUGGCUUGCGUCCCCGAGCCGACGCUGGCGACAACCGCAGCUCAAGAGAAGGAAGAGCUGUAGAGAGGCUCUCGUGUGCAGCAUUCACACGGCCAAGCACGGACUGAUGAGCCAAGACACGUCGAUAAAGAUGCAACAGAUAUAAACACACAAUUUAGUGCGCAGACGCUUGCUUG